AACUCGUUUUGAUUGCCCCGCCCCAGCUGAUGAGAAUCUGGGGGUCAUUGUUAUUAUUUUGUUGAAUAGCUUUUGCUAUUAUAUUUUCAAUAUUGGUGGCCUUUCUUCUGUAUCUACGUUUGCCAAAAACACCCAGGAUGAUUCCGACCGAGGAUGCGUCCGCGAGGAAGAGAGAGAUAGAGGAGAAACUAAAGCAGGAACAGGAAACCCUGUCCUUCAUCCGAGAGAAUAUGGAGAAGAGUGAUCAGCUGACUAAAGGGAUGGUGUCCAUCUUGUCAUCGUUUGAGAGUCGUUUGAUGCAGCUGGAGAACUCCAUCAUCCCAGUACACAAGCAGACAGAGAACCUACAGAGGCUUCAGGAGAAUGUGGAUAAGACCCUGUCCUGCAUGGACCAUGUCAUCAGUUAUUACCAUGUAGCCAAGGACACCGACAAGAUCAUCAGAGAGGGGCCAACGGGUAGACUAGAUGAGUACCUGGCCUGCAUUGCCAAGAUCCAGAAAGCUGUUGAGUACUUUCAGGACAACAACCCAGAUAGCCCUGAGCUCAAUACAGUGAAAGCACGAUUUGAGAAGGGUAAGGAGCUACUGGAGGCUGAGUUCCGUGGACUGCUGACCCGCUACAGUAAGCCUGUUCCUCCCAUAUUGAUCCUGGAUGCCAUCACUGUAGAUGAGGAGCUGGAGGUUCAGGAGGAGGUGACUCUAGAACACCUCCCUGAGGCCGUGCUACAGGAUAUCAUCUGUAUCUCUGGCUGGCUGGUGGAGUACGGACGCAACCAGGACUUUAUGAACGUUUACUUCCAGAUCCGCUCCAAUCAGUUGGACCGCUCCAUCAAGGGUUUGAAAGACCACUUCCGGAAGAGUUCUGCUUCUUCUGGCAUCCUCUACUCACCAGCCGUUCAGACCAAACGCAAGGACACUCCCACUAAGAAGGCACCCAAGAGACCAGUCUACAUCCCAGGGACCAUUCGCAAGGCUCAGAACCUUCUCAAACAGUACUCUCAGCAUGGUCUGGAUGGGAAAAAGGGGGGCUCUAACCUCACUCCUUUGGAAGGUCACGAUCAUGACCAGCGGGUCAAACACCAGUCAGACGCCCUGACCGACAAGCAUGGGGCAGCAGCAGGGAAGGAUGAUGUCUUGGACAUAGAGAUCGACUCUUACAUCCACUGCAUCAGUGCCUUUGUGAAGCUGGCCCAGAGUGAAUACAUCCUGCUCACAGAGAUCAUCCCUGAACACCACCAGAAGAAGACCUUUGACUCCCUCAUACAGGAAGCCCUGGACAACCUGAUGCUGGAGGGUGACAACAUAGUGGCGGCAGCACGGCGGGCCAUCAUGAGACACGACUACUCUGCUGUCCUCACCAUCUUCCCCAUCCUCAGGCACCUUAAACAGACCAAGCCAGACUUUGACUCCACGCUCCAGGGCACAGCUGCCAGUACCAAGAACAAGCUGCCUACCCUCAUCACGUCCAUGGAGACUAUCGGAGCCAAAGCUCUGGAGGAGUUUGCAGACAGCAUCAAGAAUGACCCUGACAAGGAGUACAACAUGCCUAAGGAUGGAACUGUCCAUGAGCUCACCAGCAAUGCCAUCCUGUUCCUUCAGCAGCUGCUGGACUUCCAGGAGACAGCCGGAGCUAUGUUGGCCUCUCAAGAGACCAGUUCGUCAGCCAGCAGCUCUGAGUUCAGUAGGAGACUUCUCAGCACCUACAUAUGUAAAGUGUUGGGGAACUUGCAGCUGAAUCUUCUCAGUAAAUCCAAGGUGUACGAGGACUCUGCUCUGAGUGCCAUCUUCCUCCACAACAACUACAACUACAUCCUCAAGUCCCUGGAGAAGUCUGAGCUGAUCCAGUUAGUGACAGUGACUCAGAAGAAGGCUGAGAGUUCAUACAGAGAGCUGAUAGAACAGCAGAAACAGAUAUACCAGCGCAGCUGGUACAAGGUCACAGAGCAUAUUACGGACCGGAACAUGCCUGCCUUCCAACCAGGAACCAAGCUGAAAGACAAAGAGCGUCAGGUGAUCAAAGACAAGUUUAAGGGAUUCAACGACGGUCUGGAGGAGCUGUGUAAGAUCCAGAAGGUGUGGGCCAUCCCAGACAAGGAGCAGAGAGACGCCAUCCGCCACGCCCAGAGGAGAGUGGUAUCCGAGGCCUACAGGGCCUUCCUACAGAGAUACGCCAACAUUUCGUUCACCAAAAAUCCUGAGAAAUACCACAAGUAUCGUCCAGAGCAGGUGGAGGAGAUGAUCGAGAGGCUUUUUGAUACCUCAGCCUAAGCCACGCCCAUUGACCACACCCGCAAAGUAACCAUACCCCCAACCCUCAUAACACUCAGCUCAACCUCCUGGGUCCCCUAUGACUUGGGCCUGUUCAGGAGGAUGUAACGUUCACAUAGAAAUGCAUUGUGUAGAACAGAUAUGAUUGUCUGUCAGAUAAAAUAGGGAAUUGUGUCAUCUCUAUUCAUUCUAUUUACAUCUGCAACAUUUGGAAAGUUUUACUGAAUAAACCCCAGAGCUCCUGCCUCCCCUGAGACACCCAUUGCCCUAUGGGUGUCUCAUACUUUAUGCUCUUUUUUAUAUAGUAAAGUAUUUAUAUGUAAUUUUCUUGUUCUCCAAUCAAUGAGCAUCUGAAUCUAAUAAAGCAAAGUCUGUGAUUUGCGA